GACUAGCUUCAUGGUACAUUGAGGUUUCACACUUGUGACUGUUGAAAUUGACAAACACACACACAACACACACUGUUUGGUGUAUAUAUUGACCGCUUCUUGCAGCCCAUUUUUGCCUCAUUGAUUUGUAUUCAAGUGGGCAUCAUGGCUGCUGAAUUCAAGCACUUGGUGCUGGUUAAGUUCAAGGAUGAUGUGGUGGUGGAAGAUGUCUUGAAGGGAAUGGAAAAGCUUGUCUCGGAAAUGGACAGUGUCAAAUCCUUUGUUUGGGGUCAAGACGUGGAAAGCCACGAAAUGCUUAGGCAAGGAUUCACGCACGCUUUCUUGAUGACGUUCAACAGCAAGGACGACUUCACGGCGUUCGCCAGGCACCCUAAGCACGUCGAGUUUUCAUCGACGUUUUCCACCGCGAUCGAGAAGGCCGUUCUCCUUGAUUUCCCGGCUGUCAGUUUCAAACCUGCGGCCUGAUCAUUGGGAAAUAAUUAAGAAGCUAAUAAUAGUGUAUAUGUUGAGAGCGUCUUGUGUGUGUAAUAAUGAUAUGAUGAUGGUUUAUUCUUCAUGAUCUCUGUCCCUUUAAUCGCUUGAAGUGACUGUUUUGGAUCUGCUACUGUUCUCAGCAUUGAUGUAUCAGAACUCCUCAUUUGCAUUUAUUAAUGAAUGGAUAGUUCCCAUC